UUGAUGCACAUCAAAAUUACCCCAUCCACAUCAUGAUGAGCAACACUUGCUCCACCAACACCACCACCACCAAUGGCAGCCAUGCUGAGGCCGGCUCCGAUGACGAGAUCUUUGCCGAACCCAUGGAGGUUCUAACGACGACUCAUACCGUAGGAAAAGAGAUAGGGCGAGGCAGAACCGGGCCGACGUAUUUGUGUGCACACAAGGUAACCGGCGAACUGUUUGCAUGCAAAACCAUAGUCAAGAUGAAGCUUAGGAAAAAUGACACAGAUGAUGUACUUAGGAGCGUACAAAUCAUGCACCAUUUGGCCGGCCAGCCUAAUAUUGUACAACUGAAAGGUUUGUACGAGGACGGUGAUUCGGUUCGUGUUGUGAAGGAGCUCUGUGCCGGUGGCGAGAUCCUCGACCGGAUCAUUGCCAAGGGUUAUCACACCGAGCGAGCCGCGGCGUCGCUGUUGAGGAACAUGAUUCAAGCCAUCCAUAGUUGUCACACCAUGGGCGUCAUGCAUAGAGAUAUUAAACUUGAGAAUUUCAUGUUUCUUAAUAACGACGAGAAUUCUCCCCUCAAACUCGUUGAUUUCAAUCUAUCUUCUUUUCACAGGCAAGGAGAGAUGUUUGACUUGGUCACUGGGAGUCCAAGUUACGUGGCACCCGAGGUGUUGAAGAAGAAAUACGGCCCAGAAAUUGACAUUUGGAGUGCUGGGGCUGCGCUUUACACUCUUCUUUACGGUGUUCCUCCAUUUUGGCCAGAAACUGAAAGGGGAAAAAUGAAGAAAAUGGUGGAAGGCCAAUAUGACUUGUCAAGUGAUCCAUGGCCAAGCAUAUCUGCUUCAGCAAAGGGCCUUGUCACCAAAAUGUUGAGUUUUGAUCCCAAGCAGAGGCCCACAGCGUAUCAAGUCCUAAAUCAUCCAUGGAUAAAGGAAGAUGGAGAAGCAGCAGAUAAACCUCUUGACAAUAUUGUGAUGAAUAGGUUCAAGCUGUUAAGAGCAUAUAAGUUCUUCCAUAUUGGAGUAGAUUGUAAUAUUGGCGAGAUUCAUCGUCUCUCAUUUAACUGA